UCAUUUUAAUAAUGACACGCUCUGAAGCCUUAACUAUUAAAAUCAUAUUAUGGACUUUAUUUCUACAAAGCUUAGGAGCUUCCCACAAUAAGAACUUUCUACGAACUCAGCUAACAGGUCGUAAUUUGUAUGAGCAAUACACUUUGGGACAAACAGAAAAUGGAGCCAAAAUUAUUUACACUUAUCAAUACACUCAAAAAUUUGAUGAACAACAACCGGAAAUCUUAUUAGAUUUCAAUUAUCCCGAGAAGGCCGUCGAAAAUGAUAAUGAGGCAGAGAUUGAUAGUUUCGUCAUAAUCACCCAACUUCAAUUGUAUGUUAAUGCUGAAGACGGUGCUACCACUCAGGCCUACGUAACCGCUGGAGGUAUUGGAGAGAAUAAUAUUUCUUUGCAGAUUGUUGCCAAUAAUUCCAACUUGUUAAAUUACAUGUUGGUUAUCUAUGGCACAACAAAAGAUAAAUGAAUUGAAAUGGAAAAAAAUAAUUAUUGUUAAGAUAACAUACAAAUGAAUGCACAUUGUACAUGUAUAUACAAAUAUAUUAAAAAGAGUGAAGUGAAAACAAAGAA